AUGAGUUCCAUAUUCCUUACCCAUCUCCAUACCGGAUGGCAUGUUGACCAGGCAAUACUUUCCGAAGAUGAACGACUUGUAGUUAUACGGUUUGGACGUGACUAUGAGAAGAAUUGUAUGAUAAUGGAUGAAUUUCUUUAUGGGAUAGCAGAAAAAGUUCGAAACUUUGCUGCAAUUUAUCUUUGUGAUAUUGAUGAAGUUCCUGACUUUAAUCAAAUGUAUGAGUUAUAUGAUCCAUGUACGGUUAUGUUUUUCUAUAGAAAUAAACACAUGAUGUGUGAUUUUGGAACUGGGAAUAAUAAUAAAUUAAAUUUUUUAGUUGGUGAAAAACAAGAGUUAAUUGAUAUUAUUGAAACUAUUUAUAGAGGAGCAAGAAAGGGUAAAGGGUUGGUGGUUAGUCCUAAAGAGUAUAGUAAUAGUAUAAAGCGAAGUUAA